UGCCCAGUGCGCCGCCUCGGAAAGUGGAGGUGGAGGUCCUGAACUCGACUGCCAUCCAGGUGUUCUGGCGCUCCCCAGUCCAGAACCGCCAGCACGGCCAGAUCCGCGGGUACCAGGUCCACUAUGUCCGCAUGGAGAACGGCGAGGCCAGGGGGCUGCCCCAGAUCAAGGAUAUCAUGCUGGCUGACGCCCAGUGGGAAACAGAUGACACUGCUGAAUACGAGAUGAUCAUUGCUGGGCUCCAGCCGGAGACUGCGUACUCCAUUACUGUAGCCGCCUACACCAUGAAGGGAGAUGGUGCUCGCAGCAAACCGAAGGUGGUCACCACGAAGGGUGCAGUCCCAGGGAAGCCCAUCCUGUCUGUGCACCAGACAGAGGAGAACACUCUGCUGGUGAAGUGGGAGCCUCCGCUGGAUGCAGAAGGCCAGGUGAUGGGCUACCGGCUCCAGUUUGGCCGCAAGGAUGUCGACCCCUUGGCUACCUUGGAGUUCACGGCCCUGGAGGAUAAGUACACCGCUCCCAGCAUCCACAAAGGCGCCACGUAUGUUUUCAAGCUGGCUGUGAAAAGCCGGGCUGGCUUUGGGGAGGAAGCUGUGCAGGAACUCACCACCCCUGAAGACAUCCCCAAGGGUUACCCCCAAAUCCUCGAGGCGAGCAACAUCACUUCCAUGUCGGUCCAGUUUGGCUGGCUCCCCCCCGUGCUGGCUGAGAGGAACGGAGCCAUCGUCAAAUACACCGUGGCUUACCGGGAAGCCGGUUCUCCCGGCAACCCGCUGGAAAAAGACCUGCCCCCCUCCCCAGAGAACUCGUACACCCUCAACGGCCUCAAACCCAACACCGCCUAUGAUGUUAAAAUCCGUGCUCACACCAGUAAAGGCCCCGGGCCGUACAGCCCGACCGUCCAGUAUCGGACGUUCCAGCUGGAUCAAGUUUUGCCCAAAAACUUCAAGGUGAAGAUGGUGACAAAGACAUCUGUCCUUCUGAGCUGGGAGUUUCCCGAGAAUUACAACUCUCCCACCCCGUACAAGAUCCAGUAUAACGGGCUGCACGUCGAUGUGGACGGCCGCACCACCAAGAAACUCAUCACCAACCUGAAGCCCCGCACGUUCUACAACUUUGUUCUCAUGAACCAGGGCAAUAGCAUGGGGGGCUUGCAGCAGAACGUCGCUGCCUGGACCGCUGCCGACAUGCUAUCGAAGAAGCCAGAGGUGACCCACAAGCCUGAUGCCGAUGGCAACGUGGUGGUGAUUCUCCCAGACGUGAAGAGCCCUGUGCCUGUCCAGGCUUUCUACAUUGUGGUGGUGCCUCUAAGGAAGUCCCGGGGAGGACAGUUCCUCAACCCCUUGGGCAGCCCUGAGGAGAUGGACCUGGAGGAGCUCAUUCAGGACAUUGCCAGGCUGCGACGCCGAAGUCUGCGUCACUCUCGCCAGCUGGACUUCCCCAAGCCCUACAUUGCCGCCCGGUUUCGCUCCCUCCCCUCCCACUUCAUCUUGGGGGACAUGAAGCACUACGACAACUUCGAGAACAGAGCCUUGGAGCCAGGGCAGCGAUACGUCAUCUUCAUCCUGGCGGUGCUCCAGGAACCCGAGGCUACUUUUGCCGCUAGUCCGUUCUCCGACCCCAUCCAGCUGGACAACCCUGAUCCGCAGCCCAUCAUCGAUGGAGAGGAAGGGCUCAUCUGGGUCAUCGGGCCCGUCCUGGCCGUGGUGUUCAUCAUCUGCAUUGUCAUUGCCAUUCUACUCUACAAAAACAAGCCAGACAGCAAACGGAAAGAUUCAGAGCCACGGACGAAAUGCCUCCUGAACAAUGCUGAAAUCACCCCUCACCACCCCAAGGACCCUGUGGAAAUGAGGCGCAUCAACUUCCAAACUCCAGAUUCUGGUCUGAGCAGCCCUCUCAGUGACCCUGAGUUUGACUUUGAAAGUAUGCUCAGCCACCCACCAAUCCCCGUUUCCGAGCUGGCUGAACACACAGAGCAUCUCAAAGCUAAUGAUAACCUGAAAUUGUCCCAAGAGUAUGAGUCCAUCGACCCUGGCCAGCAGUUCACCUGGGAGCACUCCAACCUGGAAGUGAACAAGCCCAAAAACCGUUACGCCAACGUGAUUGCCUACGACCACUCGCGCGUCAUCCUGCUGCCCAUUGAAGGGAUCGUGGGCAGCGAUUACAUCAACGCCAACUACAUCGACGGCUAUCGGAAGCAGAACGCCUACAUCGCCACGCAGGGGCCGCUGCCGGAGACCUUCGGAGACUUCUGGAGGAUGGUGUGGGAGCAGCGUUCAGCUACCAUUGUCAUGAUGACUAAGCUGGAGGAGAAAUCACGGAUAAAGUGUGACCAGUACUGGCCGGGCCGAGGGACAGACACCUACGGGAUGAUCCAGGUGACGUUACUCGAUACCAUCGAACUGGCCACGUUCUGCGUCCGCACCUUCUCCCUUCACAAGAAUGGCUCCAGUGAGAAGCGGGAGGUCCGCCAGUUCCAGUUCACCGCGUGGCCUGACCACGGCGUCCCCGAGUACCCCACCCCCUUCCUGGCUUUUCUGAGACGGGUGAAAACCUGCAACCCCCCUGAUGCCGGUCCGAUCGUGGUUCACUGCAGUGCGGGCGUUGGACGGACCGGCUGCUUCAUCGUGAUCGAUGCCAUGCUGGAGAGGAUAAAACACGAGAAGACAGUGGACAUUUACGGGCACGUCACCCUCAUGAGGUCACAGCGCAACUACAUGGUGCAGACAGAGGACCAGUACAGCUUUAUCCACGAUGCCUUGCUCGAGGCCGUUGCUUGCGGGAACACCGAGGUCCCAGCCAGGAACCUCUACACCUACAUCCAGAAACUGGCGCAGAUUGAGGUCGGGGAGCACGUGACGGGCAUGGAGCUGGAGUUCAAGCGACUCGCCAACUCCAAAGCCCACACCUCCAGGUUCAUCAGUGCCAACCUCCCGUGCAACAAGUUCAAGAAUCGCCUUGUCAACAUCAUGCCCUACGAGACCACGCGGGUCUGCCUGCAGCCCAUCCGAGGAGUGGAGGGGUCGGACUACAUCAACGCCAGCUUCAUCGACGGCUACAGGCAGCAGAAGGCGUACAUCGCCACUCAAGGGCCGCUGGCGGAGACCACUGAAGAUUUCUGGCGGAUGCUAUGGGAGAACAACUCCACCAUCGUCGUGAUGUUGACGAAGCUUCGCGAGAUGGGGCGGGAAAAGUGCCACCAGUACUGGCCAGCGGAGCGCUCUGCCCGGUACCAGUACUUCGUCGUCGAUCCCAUGGCCGAGUACAACAUGCCUCAGUACAUCCUGCGGGAGUUCAAGGUCACGGAUGCCAGGGACGGGCAGUCGCGAACUGUUCGCCAGUUCCAGUUCACCGACUGGCCGGAACAAGGCGUGCCAAAAUCAGGAGAAGGGUUUAUUGAUUUCAUCGGCCAGGUACAUAAGACCAAGGAACAGUUUGGCCAGGAUGGCCCCAUCUCUGUCCACUGCAGUGCUGGCGUGGGCCGGACUGGAGUGUUCAUCACAUUGAGUAUCGUCCUGGAAAGAAUGCGUUACGAGGGUGUUGUAGAUAUUUUCCAGACCGUAAAGAUGCUGCGAACACAACGACCUGCGAUGGUGCAAACGGAGGACGAGUACCAGUUCUGUUACCAGGCAGCGCUGGAGUAUCUGGGAAGUUUUGAUCACUAUGCAACAUAAAAAGCCAUCCGUUGUGCAGACUCUACCAACCACUUAAGUCCUGGAAGGCCUCUUUGGACCCAGGAGGAGAGCUUGAACUUAACAAAACUGAUUCUGAAGAAGUACCUUUUCAUCCGGACAAUGCAUUGGGGAGCGGGGGGAAGGAGCGAGAGGAACACCCCUUCGGGAACUCCAUGGUGUAACCUGGACCGUGAAGAGGCAGCUCAGGAGGUUGCUGAAGGACUGCUUUAAGUGGUGAACUGCUCUUGUUACCUCAAGUGGUGUUCGCUGUGGAGGACGUAUGGACAUCGUGAACCAGAU